AUGGAUCCCCGGUAUCCUUACGAGAGCAUCACGCCCUCGACCUCCACACGCCUCCUCCCCGGCACGCAGGGAUCCCUCCGCGCUUCCCCGAGCCGACAGUCCUUGCGCUCAGAGUCUCGGUAUGGAGAAUCCGGACUUGACUCGAUGAACACAUCGCUUGCCGAGAAAUACUCCCUCUCGCCGGACCCGUCCAGUUGGGGUGCGGAUGUCUCCUUCAACCACCCAGAAGAUGACGACAGCCUCCACAACCCGAACCCGAAGCGGGACCACAGGGCCGACAAGGGCGGCUCCGUCUUCACCGCGAGAGGUCUCAUGAACCUCGGCUGCAUCCUCUUCCUGGCCACCGCGAUCCUCAUGCUCUUCGCUGGAUACCCAGUACUAUCCUACUUCCUGCGCACGCCACUGAGUACGCAGGGCGGCUUCAACCUCGGCGGGACCAACGCAUCCGGACAGGUCCCGGACUUGUCGGGCAACUGGGGCCUCAUCGACAUCGAGACCCCGCAGGAGUGGCACUCGUACAAAGACUUCCGGACGAACAAGGACUGGCAGCUCGUCUUCUCCGACGAGUUCAACACCGAUGGACGCUCGUUCUACCCCGGCGACGACCCAUACUGGGAGGCGGUCGACCUGCACUACUGGGCGACGAACAACCUCGAGUGGUACGACCCCAAGGCGAUCACGACCAAGAACGGCUCCCUCGAGAUCACGCUCAGCGCGGAGCCGAACCACGGGUUGGACUACACGGGCGGGAUGAUGUCCACGUGGAACAAGUUCUGCUUCACCGGCGGCCUCGUCCUCGCCAGCGUCGUCCUCCCCGGCUCGAACAACAUCCUCGGACUCUGGCCGGCCAUCUGGCAGAUGGGCAACCUCGGACGCGCCGGGUACGGUGCGACUCUGGAGGGCAUGUGGCCGUACUCCUACGACUCGUGCGACGUCGGGACGGUGAAGAACCAGACGCUGAGCGGCCUCCCCAUCGCCGCGACGAACACCGGUGUGGACGACAAGACGGACUUCGCGCUCUCCUACCUCCCCGGGCAGCGUCUCUCGCGCUGCACCUGCCAGGGAGAGUCGCACCCCGGGCCUAUCCACAGCGACGGCACGUACGUCGGUCGGUCGGCGCCCGAGAUUGAUAUGUUCGAAGCCCAGAUCUCAAACUUCCCUACCGGCGACGAUCCCCUGACGGGGCAAGUGUCUCAGUCCGGACAGUGGGCGCCGUUCAACGAGCACUACGAGUGGUUCAACACGACCGACAACUUGGUUAUCGCGAAUGCUAGUGCCAGUCUGGCAAACACCUACACUGGUGGCGUGUUCCAACAAGCCAGCUCCGUCGUCACUAUCACCAUUACAGACCAGGAAGCUUACGAGUUGACCGGCAAUAAUAUUCCACCUAUGGCAUUCAGUACCAGCCUGGGUUCGAUGGCGCUCAAAGAAGCCUGGACGCUAAACCAGGCCGGCUUUGCGGCUGACACCAGAGUAGAGAUUGGCCCUCGUCCUGUUCCCCAGGAGCCCAUGUAUCUGAUCAUGAACUUGGGCAUGUCGUUCAACUUCGGCACCGUUGAUCUGCAGCAUAUUACUUUCCCCACAAAGAUGAAGGUCGACUGGAUUCGUGUAUACCAAGACCCGAGCAAUGUCAACAUUGGGUGCGACCCUCCGGAUUUCCCGACGAGUGACUAUAUCAAUACGUACAUGGAAGCGUACACAAACCCGAACCUGACAACCUGGGUGGAUGACUUCAACCAGACGUUCCCUAAGAACAGCUUCCUCGGCGAGUGCUGA